AUGGCUAUGGCUACGGUUGCCGUGGUGUUCUAUCUGCUACUGGACUUACCGAAAAUGCUUGGAAGAGGGGAGAAGAGAAAUGAAGGAAUCUUAGCAUCCGAGAGUUGUAAGAAAUAUGCAGGGAAAGUUGACACUCCGGAUGUGUAUCUCUCAAUUGGAUUUGACCCCAUCACAGAGAACGAUACUCCUCGACUCCCGGCUGAUAUUGUAUCGGCAAUGGGGCAUGGUAAGAGGAAACUUGUCUUGACUCUUCCCUGGCCAGAAGAAUACUCAAACCUUGAAGAUGUUGAAGUCUUCAAGUCCGCGGCUGCUCUUCUUGGUACUAAUGCUCAAGAUAUGCGUGCAUUAUCUUUCAAUGAUUUCAUGAAAGAUGCUUUGGAGAGGGAUAUGUGGUUAUCGCUUCGCCGGUAG